GACUCUCGAGUAAGCUUCAGUAGUCCAUCGCCAUUCAGUACAUUCACUGUCCAUUUUAAAAACUGUUGUCUGAACCGCGUUGUCUGAUACAUAUCUAUUGAAAAGAAAACAGGGGAUAGACUAAGACAAUUAAUACAGUUUCACAAGAGUUAAAUCAUUCAGCCCUAUUUGAAGAAGAACUGCUGUAUUUAAUUUAGUACACACUCACUUGUUUAAUCUCCCUGUAUAUAACACAGCUACCGCUUUAGUUUCACAUUACCUGAAGCUCUUGCUAUAUUUAUUCUUUCAGCUGAAACAGCCAAAGAAUAUCUUAUCUUUCGAAGAAUCUAGAAUUUGUUUGGUGAUGGCGGCAAAUGUCGAAUUCGUUUCAUCGCAUCAGCUCAGAAAUAAUGAAACGACCUGCAAAACAAGCGAUUGCGGCCAAGGUAUUCUAAUCCGCAAUGCAACUAAAAUCUAUGGCGUUGGAAAGAAGCGCUGUACCGUGCUUAACGGAAUAGACAUGAGCGUCAAGAAAGGAACUAUAUACGGUUUACUUGGAGCUAGUGGCUGUGGUAAGACGACCCUGUUGAGUUGCCUCAUCGGACGUCGCCGACUGGAUAGCGGAGACAUUCUCGUCCUAGGACAUACGCCUGGAUCACCGGAAAGCGGAAUACCCGGUCCAAGGGUCGGCUACAUGCCGCAAGAACUGGCCUUGUUCGAUUACUUCAGCAUCAAAGAAACGCUCCACUAUUUCGGCCGCAUCUACAAUUUGAAAACGGAUUUCGUCGACUCGCAAUUGGAGUUUCUGUUGAAAUUGUUGGAUCUCCCCCCGAGUCAUCGUUACGUCGGGACGUUGAGUGGUGGCCAGCAAAGACGCGUCUCCUUUGCUGUCGCCCUUUUCCACGAACCGGAGCUGCUCAUCUUGGACGAGCCAACGGUUGGCGUUGAUCCUCUACUCCGGCACAGCAUCUGGAAUCAUCUUGUCCGCCAGAGUGUCGACCAUGGAAGAACAGUGAUAGUCACCACUCACUACAUCGAAGAAGCUCGACUAGCCGACACGAUUGGGUUGAUGCGAUCCGGUCGCUUGCUGGCUGAAGACUCUCCGGAUAAUCUUUUACGGGAGUACAACCUGUCAUCAUUGGAGGAUGUUUUCUUGAAACUUUGUAUGGCAGACUUUGGUAACGAAGAGAAAAUUAAUACCGGAGCUCAGUCAUUAUGCCAGCUAUCAGGAGGCAUCGAUAACGUGGCCUUCCAUGCUAGUAAAAGUGAACUGGACAUAUCUGGAACGGGUCAUUUGCAACAGAUGGAACUAAAUCUUCAACACAGUAAAACUAAAACCCCGAUUGCUUUCACGAAUAAAAAAAGUGGUUUCAUCAAUUCCAACAGCGAAGCACGCAAACGACCAAAGCUAAUCUGCAGCAAGUCCGUCCUACCAUCGUCUAAUCGACUGAAUGCACUUAUUCAAAAGAAUUUCUUACAAAUGUUUCGAAAUAUCGGAAUGUUGUUUUUUAUCUUCCUCAUCCCAGCUAUUCAAGUAAUCCUCUCGUGUCUGUCAUUGGGGGGAGAUCCAUCUUAUCUCAAAUUGGCCAUCGUUAACGACGAGCUGGAUCCGAGUCAGGAUCGUAUCUGCAACUACACGACGACCUGCACUUAUUCCAUGUUCAGUUGUCGCUAUCUUCGGUUUAUAGACAACACGACGGUCAUCCAGGUGCCAUUUCAAAGUGUAUCGGAAGCUCUGGACGCGGUGAAAAGAGGGAAAGUGUGGGGCGUGGUCCACUUCCCUCAGAAUUUCACGGACGAGUUGGUGGUCCGACGGGCGGAUGGAAAAUUUGCGGACAAGGAAACGAUCCUCGCCAGUCGCAUUGCCAUUACUCUCGAUUCUUCCAGCCAGCAGAUUUCACUGAGUCUGAAACAGAGUCUGAUUGAGGCGUUUGAAGACUUCAGCAAAAACAUUUUGGCGGCGUGUUCUUACGAACCAACAGCCCUGGGAAUUCCCGUCACGUUUUUAGAUCCGAUUUUUGGUGAAAACGAGCCGUCUUUCGUGGAGUUUAUUACGCCCGGAAUCAUCCUGACGACUAUUUAUUUGAUUGCCGUCGCCCUUACCACUGCUGUUUUUCUCAGCGAGAGAAAGUCGGGACUCUUUGAUCGCAGCAUAGUUGCCGGUGUCCAGAUGUCUGAAUUUAUGAUUGCUCACGUUGUCAACCAACUUAUUGUGCUGAUCGGUCAGACGAUUUUCGUCUACAUAUUUGCGCUCCUCGUCUUCAAGAUUUCCUUCCACGGCAGUUUAGCCCUGGCCGUCCUCAUCACUCUCCUUCAAGGACUCUGUGGCAUGUCCUUGGGUUUGAUGAUUACAUCUCUCUGUGACGAGUUGACUAGCGCCAUCCAACUGUCUCUUGGUAGCAUUUAUGUCAACCUCUUUGUAAGCGGAGUCCUGUGGCCCACAGAGGGGAUGCCAGUCUACCUGCGCUACUUCUGUUUCCUGAUGCCGCAAACGUACGCCAUCGAAUCGCUGAGAAACAUUUUCAGUCGAGGGUGGGGCAUUGAACGACCCGAGAUUUUCUGGGGCAUCUUGAUCAGCUCCGGUUGGAUAUUCGCCUUUCUUGGCUUGGCUCUCGUUAUUGGACGCAUCCGCAAAUACACAGGCUAAUGAUGGGCGUCGAUUGUGAUUUGAAAGAAACUAAAGAUGUUUCCCAGCAAAUGAUGCGCAAAGAAGAGAACCGAUUUUAGCAUUUAACGUAAUAAUUGCCAAAGUUGUAGUACAAAAUACAUUGGUGGCAACUGGCAA